ACAAAAUAAGUAAACAAAAAGAAGCAAAACUUUCCGCUAGGCAAGCCCACACAUGAAAUACCUGCAGCAAUUGGGCUGCUUCCCUCUGAGUCACGGGGUAAUCAGAUCUGGUGAAGUAUCGAGGCUCUCCAAGGACCAACAACACGGUUUAAGAAGAGGAUUUGGGCAUUAGACCUACAAAACAGAUCGUUCGAUUGACUUGGGAGCAAAAAGGACCUGCAGCUUUAACAGGUCAAACUGUUCAACAGGUGAAGCUGAAACAUUAGCUGAAUGGAUCAAGGUGAGAACGAAGAUGAACCCUCCAACCCAGAAAACCCGCUGUGUGAGGUUGAUGAGGGUCAGAGUGAAGCUCAGAGGAAUAAACGUGCACCUGAUCCUGAAACAGAAUCUGCAUCUGGAUCUGGACCCAGCUGUGUUUCUUUGAGGAGUGACGAGUCAAAGAAUGCUAAAUUGAAUUUUAGAUCUGAAUUUGUUGCUGCAGAAGGGAUAGACCAGCAGCUCCUAAAAGGUCCCCUUCAGCAUCAAACCCAGAUUGACUCCACAUUUCAGGUUCUGGAGAACAACAUUGUCACUUUUGUGAAAAAAGGACUACAGAAAUUCAAGAAACUUCUGAGUAGAUGUUCUUUUGAACACAUGGCAAGACCGUUAGACGAUAUAGACGUGUGUGGGGUUGACGAUGAAGAACAAGCCAAGAUAUUGAAAGAAAUGUUUCUAGAAAUGACCAUUCUCUUUCUAAAAGGAGUAAAAAAAGAGGAACUGGCUGACCGUCUGCAGAGCAAUUUUCCAACCACAUGCCAGUGUAAACUAAGAACCAGCCAAAAAAAGAAGUUUCAGUGUUUAUCUGAGGGAAUUGCUAAAGCAGGAAACCCAACCCUUCUGAACGAGAUCUACACAGAGCUCUACAUCACAGAGGGAGGAACUGGAGAGCUGAAUGAAGAACAUGAGGUCAGACAGAUUGAAGCAGCAUCCAGGAAAGCAGACAGAGCAGAAACAUUCAUCAGACAAGAAGAGCUCUUUCAACUCCCAGCUGGAAGACAAGAACCAAUCAGAAUCGUGAUGACAAAGGGAGUGGCUGGCAUCGGGAAAACAGUCUUAACACAGAAGUUCACUCUGGACUGGGCUGAAGAAAAAGCCAACCAGAACAUCCACUUCAUAUUUCCAUUCACUUUCAGAGAGCUGAAUGUGCUGAAAGAGGAGAAGUUCAGCUUGGUGGAACUUGUUCAUCACUUCUUCCCUGAAACCAAAGGAAUCUUCAGCUUUGAAGACUUCCAGGUCCUCUUCAUCUUUGAUGGUCUGGAUGAGAGUCGACUUCCUCUGGACUUCCACAAGACUCGGAUCCUAACUGACCCUACAAACUCCACCUCAAUGGGUGAUCUGCUGACAAACCUCAUCAGGGGGAACCUGCUUCCCUCUGCUCGCCUCUGGAUAACCACACGACCUGCAGCAGCCAAUCAGAUCCCUGCUGAGUGUGUUAACAUGGUGACAGAGGUCAGAGGGUUUAAUGAUCCAAAGAAGGAGGAGUACUUCAGGAAGAGAUUCAGAGAUGAAGAGCAGGCCAGCAGGAUCAUCUCCCACAUCAAGAGAUCCCGAAGCCUCCACAUCAUGUGCCACAUCCCAAUCUUCUGCUGGAUCACUGCUACAGUUCUGGAGGAUCUGCUGAAGAGCAGAGAGGGAAGAGAGCUGCCCAAGAGCCUGACUGAGAUGUACGUCCACUUCCUGGUGGUUCAAGCCAAAGUCAAGAAGGUCAAGUAUGAUGGAGGAGCUGAGACAGACCCUCACUGGAGUCCAGAGACCAGGAAGAUGAUGGAGUCUCUGGGAAAACUGGCUUUUGAGCAGCUGCAGAAAGGAAACCUGAUCUUCUAUGAAUCCGACCUGAUAGAGUGUGGCAUCAAUGUGACAGAGGCCUCAGUGUACUCAGGAGUGCUGACUCAGAUCUUUAUUGAGGAGAAAGGUCUAUACCAGGACAAGGUCUACUGCUUCAUCCAUCUGAGCAUUCAAGAAUUCCUUGCUGCUCUUCAUGUCCACAUGACCUUCAUGAAGUCUGGAGUCAACCUCUUGGCAGAGGAGCAAACCUCAUCUCAGUCGUCCUCACCAGGCCAGGAAUCUGCAGACAUUCAGUUCUACCAGACCUGUGUGAACGCGGCUUUAAAGAGUCAGAAUGGACAUCUGGACCUUUUUCUACGAUUCCUUCUGGGACUUUCAAAACUAAACAAUCAGACCCUCCUUCAAGGACUACUCGUCCCAACAGGAAGCAGGAUUGAAACCGAGGAGAAGACAAUCCAACACAUAAAGAAGAAAAUCAGUGAGAAUGUGUCUGUGGAGAAAAACAUCAACCUGUUCCACUGCCUGAAUGAGCUGGAUGAUAAUUCUCUGGCAGAGGAGAUUCAGCAUUUCCUUAAUUCAGGCCGUCUCUCCGUAAACACACUGUCCUCUCUUCAGUGGUCGGCUCUGGUCGUCAUUUUACUGUCAGAUAAAGAUCUGGACGUGUUUGACCUGAAGAAGUACUCUGGUUCAGAGGAAGUUCUUCUAAAGCUGCUUCCAGUGGUCAAAGCCUCCAACAAAGCUCUAUUGAGUAACUGUAAACUAUCAGAGAGAAGUUGUAAAGCUCUGGCAGAAAUUCUUAGCUGUGAGUCCUGCAGUCUAAGAGAGCUGGACCUGAGUAACAACGAUUUGGGCAAUUUGGGACUGAAGCAUCUUUGUGUUGGACUGGAGAACCCCAACUGUACUUUGGAGACUCUCAGCCUGUCAGGAUGUGGGAUCACAGAAGAAGGCUGCACAUUUUUGGCAUCAGCUCUGAACUCCAACCCCUCUCAUCUAAAAGAGCUGGACCUGAGCUACAACCAUCCUGGAACAGAAGGGGUGAAACUCCUUACUCCUAUACUGGACACUCUCAGGGUGGAACCUGCUGGACAGGAAUGGCUGAUACCAGGUCUAAAGAAGUAUUCCUGCCAACUCUCCAUUGACACAAACACAGUGAGCAGGAUGAUCGAGCUGUCCGACAACAACAGCAGGAUGACCCGUGUGGAUGUGCUGCAGCCGUAUCCCGACCACGACGACAGAUUUGACCUCUUUCAGCUGCUCUGCAGAGACGCUCUGAGUGGCCGCUGUUACUGGGAGGUGGAGUGGAGCGGGAGGGUGGACGUAGCUGUGAGUUACACAGGAAUCAAAAGGAAAGGGGACAGUUAUGACCCCCGGUUCGGCUUCAACGAUCAGUCCUGGAUGUUAUGCUGCGAUGGCACUGGUUACUCCAUUUGGCACCAUAACAAAAAAUUAUUUGUCCCCUCCUCAUCCUCAUCUUCAUCGUCCUCCUCUAACAAAGUAGCUGUGUAUGUUGACUAUCCUGCUGGGAUUCUGUCCUUCUUCGAAGUCUCUGACACACUGACCCACCUCCACACAUUAAACACCACUUUCACCGGACCUCUUUAUCCGGGGUUCGGGUUUGAGUGCAGGGUUGGAUCCUGGCUGUCUCUCUGUCCAGUUUAACUUUAAACUGGACAUAAUCUCAGUCUUUUUCUUUCUGAGACAGGUUCAGAGAUUCCUUUUGAGAUUAUGCCUCCUCCUAUUUGUCCUUCCUUAAAAAAUGUAUUAUCAUUAUUAAUCCCUAAAAUUAGAUAAAAGAAUGGAAGAUGAAUGAUGCCAUCAUUCCAAUACCCAGAUAUUGUUUUUCUCUGUUUCCAGUCCAAGAACUGACCUCAAUACUGGUGAAGUGCUGCUCUACAGCUCAUCAAUGAACACAUUAUGUAGUGAACAAACACUGAAUAUAAUUACUAAGACUAAAAGCCAAAUAUUUUAAUUUACGCAAAAUGUUUAAUUCUUCUUUUAUCUGCAUUCUUGCUCCUCACAAGUCCAUUGAUCACUACACGACUAAACAGAACGGAAAAUGUAAAGGAUGACUUGUAAAACUUCAUUCUGGAUCACCUUAAGACCAUGUCCAGGUUCUGCCGCAGGUCAGAAACCUUCAAGUCAGUUAAAUGUUUAGAGCAGAUGCUUUAGUUGUUACUUUUAAGCACCUGCUUCAAAAUGAGAUCUUACUGCCACAAGAAACCCAAAGAGGCAUUUUGUUUUUGAUGAAUGUUGUAUUUUUUUACUUAUGGGGUUUACUUUUCCUUAUAUUAGAUGUGUGAUCUCUAGAAAUGUUAAGUUUUCUUGAAGCAAAAAUAAAACAGUAGAGAUACACUAAGCUUCAGCAAGUCUUUAGGGUCAAAAAAGCUAAAAUAGAUUAAUUGUAUGUUUUCCACUGAUAUAAAUGUAUCUUUAAAGCUUUUGGUUGUUAUUUGUAUGACGUGUUACAUUUUCCAUCUCAACCUAAGAUCAAACUGGAAAAGCUGAAAUUUUCUUGCAAUGAACUACAUUAACUACACCAAUUUUAAAACCAUUGUAUCGGCUCAGGGUUUAUUUUUACGUUCUUUUAUUUGUCCAUAAAUGAUUUUUGGGUUUGUCAUAGUUAUGAGAUCUGAUUUGAAAGUAUGAACCUUGACGUCCUAGUAAUUCCUGAAUUAGAACCAGAACUCACUGUGAGGCUUCUUCCAGUUUUUAUGGACCUCAUGUUCCAGAGAGCGUCUCUUUAAAGGAAGGCUCAAGACCAACCUUUUUAAUCUGGCUUGUAGCGUAAACUAAGAAACAUAUAUCUAUUUUGCAUUUUUAUUUUAUGUUUUCAUAGUGCUGAUGUUGCUUAUUUGAUCUUUUUUUAUUCAUUUUUAGUGAUUUAUGUCCAACUAUCAUGAUUUGUUUAUUUACUGUUUAUGUGGACAGGUGUUUCUCUCGUCAGAGUCAAGGCAGAUUUCUAUUUUCUUAAAAAUACAUGAUUGUUUUAUGCUGUAUUAUGUUGUAAUUGGGGGUUUGUGGGCAUUCAAUGUGUUUCAUAUUUUUUGUGUGUAAAGGUCUUUGUUUUGCUUUUUUUACCAUGUAAAGCACUUUGACUUACAUCUGUAUGAUAAAAUUUUGAUUUGGUUUGAUAAAAAAAAAACAAAUUCAAAACUUUUGUACUUACUAAGUGCAUUCCUCUGAUAUCUGAUUACAUUUUUAUCUUGCUUGGGUUGAAAGUUACUACUACAAAGCGGUUAUAUGACAGACUUAAAUAAAGGAUUUGUUCAAAUCAAAAGCUUUUUUUUCUUUUAUCUCUCCUAAAAUUGAAUUUCCUAUUUUCUUGUCUUUUUCUUGACUUUAGCUUAAUAAGAUUGAAUGGGCUUCUGAUGAACACAAGUGAUAAAAGCCCAAUCCAUUAAUCAAUGGGCUUGAUUAAUUGUUUCAAAGAUUUAAAAAACAAAUGUGUUCAAGACAUAAACUAAGAGUAGGGUUGGUUUUCAAGUCAGGGAAGACUCUUGCGUCCUGCUAAAUGCUCCCUUCUGGUCCUUGGGAUCCUACGUUCAUGUUCAGGAUUGCUUUCAGGGUGAUGGGGUCCCUCUUCCAUAUUCUCACAGUGAUCCAUCCUGCUGGAAUUCACAUUAAAUUUUCUCACCAACACUUUCAGAGACACACACAUCAUCCAAAUAUCCAAAUACAACAUUUAUCACUGCUGCUUC